AUGCCCACCGAACAUACUGACCUCAACUUGUCUGACAAAAGGGUUAUCCUCACGUGUGCAGUUUUGGACCCCCACACCAUACCUGCAGAUGGUGUUUACCUUGAAGUCAUUGCCACACUUCGCCGUUUUGAGCUUGAUGGCGAACUCGCCUGUCAUAUUACAACCACAGCCACAACCGACAAGUUCACCAGCCUGCCGUUCGAUGACCGCUCGCAGUUUGCACGAGAUCGCCUGAGUGGCACUGCCGAGGAAGGUGGUGACAAAGAGACGAGCGAGUCGAGAGUCAACGAUAUCAAUACCAGCUCGUUUCUAACGGCCCUCGAUGAUGUCACGGGUGAAGACCAGGCAGCUAUUUUCACUCCAAUGACCCAUAUUGACGAAGACGACGACGACGGCUUUUGGGAGAUGAUUCGUCGUGCUACUGGUUAUUACUUGUAUGAUCACCCUGAGAAGUUCGCUGAAGCCCAGGAGGUAUACAUGGUGCGGGUUCCAUACUGGAUCGAGGACCGCUGGACCAUCCGCUUCUACGUCAAGAAGGAGGUCAAUGACGCUCUCACGACUUGCAUAACCAGCCCUCCACUUGCCUACUAUUGGACAGGCAUUGUGGAGCGACAAUCUGAAGAGGCUUCUGUGUCACGGUGGUUCUGCAUUACCGCCAUUUCUCUGUACGAGUUUUGCCCACCGCCCCUUGGCGAGGACGCCGGCGAAGAGUCUCGGGCUACUGAAGAAGACGAAGCCACUGACGUGCAAGAUGAAGAGGAGAUCGAGCUCACAUCCUCCAUAUUCGACGGACCUCCUGCAGAACGACCCCUGUCUGCGUCUCACGGCGGCCCGACCGGCGUUGAGUUCGCCGCGGAGCUCCACGACUUGCUGCACACGGAGGUGCAGCGACACUUCUCGGGGGAUGAACCGGUUCGCGCGGAUAAGUACCAAAGAGAGGACAUCCGACUGCUCACGACGCACCACGUCGAGCGUGUCGAGCCCGGCAAGAUGUAUGUCAAGGAGCAGGAUGAAGGCACACCUCGCUCUGUUGCGGUCGCCUUCUGA